AUGGAGGGAAGGACCAAAUCCCCCGGGCGAACGUUGCUCACCGCUUUGCCCUUCUCCUCCGAGAUCAUGUCUUACAAGGUACCCGGCGACUUCAAGUUCCCGGAACAGGCCUCCUUUGACGGAUCCGGCGACCCACGAGAGCAUUUACUAAGCUAUCAGGCCAAGAUGCAAGUCUUUGGAGUCCAAGACCCGGUAAUGUGUCGCGCCUUUUUGCCGACACUAAAAGGACCGGCGCAAAGAUGGUUGGUAGCCCUGCCCCCUGGAUCGAUAUGCAACUUUGAAGAGUUGGCCGAUCGCUUCAUGAGCCACUACGCGGCCAACAUCAAGCCACAAAAGGAUUUGACCCAUCUAGUGGACGUUCACCAAGAGGAGGGCGAAUCUCUUAAAACUUACUUGGCCCGGUGGCAGAAAGAAAUCCAAUCUAUCGAGGAGGUCGAGGACCAGACCGCCCUCACCUUCUUCACCGAAUCUUUACGGUCCGGGCAAUUAUAUCGCGACCUACGUGCCAAUCGACCCGCCACCUACGAAGAAGCCAUACAUAUGGCCAAUAAAAGAGCUAACACGGAGCAGGCCAUGAAGCACAAGCGACAGCGCGAGGUCGGAGGUUCUGCCAGCGGAAAGAGGACCCGCGCAGAGACUAAGGAAAGAUGCCCGAAAGCGCCUAGACGACCUGAAGCCAGGCGCCGAUACGACAAGCCCGUCGUCCAUCCCUAUAGUCCGAUUCCCCAACAUCUGGUGCACGAGGUACAAGCAGUCGCGCCUCCUCCGCCUCCCCAAUUGAGGAGCGCGUGGCGAACGAAGAACCAGGUAAGAUAUCUAAGUACUAUCGUUACAAAUCUAAUCUGUAUCAUAGAACCAUCUCAGGCUUUGCGCACGGUCCGAACUUCUGCUCUGGCGAAAAGAGAGAAAAAGGGCGAUUUUUUUCGCGGCAAGUCUCCGGCCAACUUUUCCGGCGCCGGCGAGUUCCAGACGGCCAAUCUGAAUCGGUAG